UAAUGUUUCUUUCUUUAAUACUCCGUAAAAGUAUAUAUAGACAUAUAGUUGUUUCUACUUUCUACGAAGGAUAAUUUCGAGCAAAUUGUAUAACAGAAUUCUGUCAUUUCAAGUUUGAACGGAAUCCGACAUACAACCCGCGGGCGACGUUUUCUCCUACCAAUCCGCCCCCAUCUAUUAUUCUAUAUAGUACUAUAUUGAAUACCAGUUUGUGACUUUGUUGCAUCAAGUUUUCCCAUGCUCAUCCGCCUACGGAACUACACGUUGAUUCCUUUAGCUUUGUCACGAAAUAACUUCCCCACUAGUAUAUGUGCCAGAGCAAUAUCCAUCAAAGCAGAAAUGACAUCUUCAGAGCAUAAUGUCAAACCCGAAACUGAGGUCCGUGUUUCUGUAAGGAGAAAAAGAUUGAGAAAGUCUGGAGUAACUGCAGAAAAUGUUAAAAAGUUAGAGCCCCAAUACCAGAAGUUAGUUAGCUUGCCUGACAUUGAAGAGCUUGCAUAUGAAAAACCAAGUUCUACCUUACCUCUGAGAAAAUCUAAAGCGAUCUCGAGUGUGACAAAUGAUAAAAAUCAGGUCAAACCACCAUCUAAUUGGUUAAAGGUUGUUGAAGGAAUUCGUGAAAUGAGAUCUUUAGAAGAUACUCCAGCUCCCAUCCUGGGACCUGAAAAAGUGGGUGAUUCUCUUUCUGCAAAAGAUUGGAGAUUUGCUAUUUUGAUAUCUACACUCCUAUCAAGCAUGACCAAACAACACGUCAACCAUGGAGCAGUACAACGUCUCAUCGAUAACAAUCUUCUCAAAGCAGAAACAAUCGAGGAAACUGAUGAAUCAACCCUAAAAACCUUGAUUUACCCAGUUGGAUUUUAUACAAGAAAAGCUACCUACAUGAAAAAAGUAGCAAAAAUAUGCUUGUUGAAAUACAAUGGAGAUAUCCCAGACACCCUCGAGGAAUUGUUGUCGCUUCCAGGAGUUGGUCCCAAGAUGGCCCAUUUGGUGUUGCAUUUAGCAUGGAAUGAUGUUCAAGGCAUAUGUGUAGAUACUCAUGUGCAUCGUAUUUGCAACCGUCUUGGUUGGGUUUCACGUCAUGGUACAGAAUUACCAACCAAGACACCAGAAGAGACACGGGAGUCAUUGCAACUGUGGCUUCCAAAAGAAGAAUGGGUCAUGAUCAAUCCUCUUCUGGUUGGGUUUGGACAAACAAUAUGCACCCCACUUCGACCUUCUUGCAGUCAAUGUGGUAUUAACGAACUCUGCCCAUCUGCUUUUCGAGAGGCCGCACCCAAGAAGAUAACCAGCAAGAAAACAUAGUGAGUCACAGAAAAGGAGGUCGCCGGUGGUGAUGAUGAUGAAGAUGGCGAUGAUGGUGGUACGCCGGGAUUUAUCCAUCUCCUCCCCCAAAUCGAUAUUCCUUUUUUUCCGGCGAUGAUGAUGAUCAUCAUCAUGAUGGAGUUAAAAAGGUUUUAGAUGGUCGCCAGAAUUCCCCCAAUUUUUCCGGUAUGUGUAUGUGUGUAUUGUAUAUAUAUAUAUAUAUAUAUAUAGGGGUGAGUUAAAUUAGGGACU